AUGGAGCAGCCAACAACGAUUCAGAUUCUAGGUCGCGACAGUAUAGUCGCGGACUUUGGAAUAUGGCGGCGCCAUGUCGCCAGAGACCUGCUUGAGACCCUUUCGUCGUCAACCUAUAUCCUCAUUUCGGAUACGAAUAUCGCUCCUUUGUAUGUUCCCGAAUUUGAGAGAGCGUUCGAGGAGGCUGCGGCUGAAAAGUCUCCCAAACCCCGGCUUCUCACAUACAAGAUCGCACCAGGAGAAUCCUCAAAGGGGCGUGAAACCAAGGCAGAGAUCGAGGAUUGGAUGCUUAGCUGCCAGCCACCAUGCGGCCGAGAUACGGUGCUGAUUGCUCUUGGUGGUGGAGUUAUUGGAGACCUGGCGGGUUUUGUUGCUGCCACUUAUAUGCGUGGUAUUCGAUUUGUUCAAGUACCUACAACAUUGCUGGCAAUGGUGGACUCUUCAAUUGGUGGUAAAACUGCAAUUGAUACCCCAAAUGGAAAGAAUUUAAUUGGCGCCAUCUGGCAGCCAGAGAAGAUCUACUUGGACAUGGAAUUCUUGAACACACUGCCACAGCGAGAGUUUACCAAUGGAAUGGCAGAAGUCAUCAAGACCGCUGCAAUUUCAAGUGAGACGACGUUUGCAGAAUUAGAGCAGAAUGCAGACGCCAUCGCCGCGGCCCUCAAGACAGAAAACACCCCAGAACGCUCACGUUUCAGUGGCAUACAGGAGAUUCUUAAGCGAACUAUCCUAGCCUCUGCGCGAUUUAAGGCAGAUGUGGUAUCAAAGGAUGAAAGGGAAGGUGGGUUGCGAAAUCUCCUUAAUUUCGGCCACUCUAUCGGCCACGCAAUCGAGGCUAUACUUGCGCCGCAAAUUCUUCAUGGUGAAUGUGUUGCUAUCGGAAUGAUCAAGGAAGUUGAGCUUGCUCGCUACCUUGGAAUACUCAAGGGCGCCGCCGUGGCACGUCUUGCCAAAUGUCUGACCAGAUAUGGACUUCCUACCUCCCUCAAGGAUGCACGCAUCAGACGUUUGAGCGCAGGAAAGAAAUGUCCUGUAGACAAACUUAUUGCUUUUAUGGCUGUGGAUAAGAAGAAUGAUGGGCCGAUGAAGAAGGUCGUUCUCCUUUCUGCCAUCGGUCGCACACACGAACAAAAGGCGAGCGUUGUGUCGAACGAAGAGCUCAAGGUCGUUCUCGCACCUAGUAUCGAAGUCUUGCCUGGCAUCCCAAAGCCUCUCAACGUUACGUGCACUCCUCCAGGAUCGAAGAGUAUCUCAAACCGGGCACUUGUUCUCGCUGCCCUCGGCUCUGGAGUAUGCCGCAUUAGAAACCUCUUACACUCCGAUGAUACGGAAGUCAUGCUCAAUGCCUUAGAGGCAUUGGGAGCCGCUACCUUUUCUUGGGAAGAAGAAGGUGAAGUACUCGUUGUCAAUGGCAAAGGUGGUAAACUAGAAGCCAGUGCCCACGAGUUGUACUUGGGAAAUGCUGGUACUGCUUCAAGAUUCCUAACUACUGUCGCAACCCUUUCCAACGAAAAAGAUGAUGUUUCCCACAAUAUCUUGACUGGCAAUGCCAGAAUGAAGCAACGCCCAAUCGGGGAUUUGGUUGACGCUCUAAAAUCCAAUGGUGUAUCUGUGGAUUAUCUCGAGCAACAAGGAAGUCUUCCACUCAAGGUCCCCGCAUGUGGUGGCUUCAAGGGCGGAGCGAUUGAACUUGCUGCUAAAGUUUCAUCUCAGUAUGUCUCUUCAUUGUUGAUGUGCGCACCAUAUGCAAAGGAAAAAGUUACGCUCAAACUUGUUGGUGGAAAGCCCAUUUCUGAAACUUACAUCGCCAUGACGGCGGCCAUGAUGAAAUCCUUUGGAAUUGAUGUGGAAAAGUCCACGACUGAAGAAUACACCUACCACAUCCAACAAGGCCAAUAUAAGAAUCCUCCAGAAUAUAUUAUCGAGAGUGAUGCUAGCUCUGCAACAUACCCUCUCGCGAUUGCUGCCAUGUCCGGAACCACCUGUACUAUUCCCAAUAUUGGGUCAAAAUCACUCCAGGGUGAUGCUCGCUUCGCAGUCGAUGUACUACGCCCCAUGGGCUGUGAUGUUAAGCAGACCAAUUCUUCUACUACCGUCACUGGCCCUACCAAUGGUGCUUUGAAACCCAUAGCCAAUGUUGACAUGGAGCCAAUGACCGAUGCUUUCCUAACUGCCUCCGUCCUUGCUGCCGUUGCCAACGACAAGUCCGGCAACACCACACGUAUCUAUGGCAUAGCAAAUCAGCGAGUCAAGGAGUGCAACCGUAUCAAGGCUAUGAAAGAUGAACUUGCUAAAUUCGGAGUUACCUGCCGAGAGCACGAUGACGGGAUUGAAAUCGACGGCAUCGACAGUUCGGAGUUAAAGGUUCCGGUCAACGGAGUACAUUGCUAUGAUGACCACCGUGUGGCUAUGAGUUUCAGUGUUCUAGCAGCAGCCGCAGCCUCUCAGCCAACCCUAAUUCUAGAGAAAGAGUGCGUUGGAAAAACUUGGCCGGCAUGGUGGGAUGCUUUGGCCCAAACAUUCAAAGUGAAACUUGAUGGCAAAGAGCUAGUCAAUGACAAUGUCGUUGAUAUCCAGAAGUCGACAAAAUCAAUCGCAUCUAUAUUCAUUAUUGGCAUGCGUGGCGCAGGUAAAACGACUAGCGGAUAUAGCAUCUCAAAAGCCCUCAAUCGCCCAUUCAUCGACCUUGAUACCGAGCUAGAAAACGUGGAAGGAAUGCCUAUUCCAGAGAUCAUCAAGCAAAAGGGAUGGGAAGGCUUUCGGGAUGCCGAACUGGCUCUACUUAAACGUAUGAUGGCCGAGAAGCCGACCGGAUACAUAUUUGCCUGUGGUGGCGGGAUUGUUGAGACGAAGGAAGCCCGUGAUCUCCUUAUCAAUUACCAUAAGAACAAAGGGAAUGUCUUCCUUAUCAUGCGAAACAUCAAGAAGGUUAUCGAGUUCCUAGAAAUAGACAAGACACGGCCUGCAUAUAUUGAAGACAUGAUGGGUGUGUGGCUUCGUCGGGAGCCAUGGUACCAAGAAUGCAGCAACCUUCAGUAUUAUAGCCACCAUUCAGAAAGGAGUGAGCUGGAUGCAGCACUACAAGGAUUCACAAGGUUCUUGAAUGUGGUUAUGGGAAAUACUGAUCAUCUUGCAUUAUUGAAAAAGAAGGACCAUUCAUUUUUCGUGUCCUUGACACUUCCAGAUCUCCAACUCUCUGCGGACAUUCUCCGAGCGGCUACUUUUGGAUCUGAUGCUAUAGAAUUGAGGGUUGACCUUCUUAAGGACCCGUCGUCGACUUCAGGAGUUCCCUCGGUCGGCUAUGUUGCUGAACAAAUGUCCUUCCUCCGUAGCCACGCGUCUCAACCACUUAUCUUCACUAUUCGCACUAAAGCGCAGGGUGGACAGUUCCCUGAUGAUGCUGUUGACAAAGCCUUGGAACUCUACAAGCUUGCUAUUCGUAUGGGAUCUGAGUUUGUUGAUCUUGAACUUUCAUUCCCCAAUGAUCUGCUUCAUGCAGUAACCGAGAUGAAAGGGUUCUCUAAGAUUAUUGCGUCACAUCAUGAUGUCAACAGCCAACUCUCGUGGUCUAAUGGGUCAUGGAUUCAAUAUUACAACAAAGCCCUACAACAUGGUGACAUUAUCAAGCUUAUUGGCGUUGCUAAAACCUUUGAGGACAACAUGGCGCUUCAACAGUUUAAAUCUUGGGCAGAGAAGUCCUAUCCAGUUCCAAUCAUUGCUAUCAACAUGGGCAACAAGGGUCGUCUCAGUCGCAUACUAAAUAGAUUUAUGACUCCUGUUUCACACCCUGCUCUUCCCUUCAAGGCUGCACCGGGACAAGUAUCUGCUAAAGACAUUCGGCAAGCCCUUACUCUCAUGGGUGAACUUGAUGCCAAGAAAUUCGCCCUCUUCGGAAAGCCCAUCUCUGCUUCGAGAUCUCCAGCUUUGCACAACGCUCUUUUUACACAAGCUGGCUUCCCGCACGAUUACGGCCUGUUGGAAACGGACAAGGCCGAAAAUGUUGAGAAGUUUAUCCGAUCAGAUGAUUUUGGUGGUGCCUCAGUGACCAUCCCCUUAAAGGAACAAAUAAUGGGCUUGCUUGAUGAAAUUUCUCCAGAAGCCAAGAUCAUAGGCGCCGUCAACACCAUCGUACCCAUCACUGUUUCCGGCAGGCCCCCUCGGUUAAUUGGAUACAACACCGACUGGCAAGGUAUGGCCCGCUGCUUAAAGGACGCCGGAGCAAUCUGUUCCAACAAUGGAGAAUCUGCUCUCACCAUUGGAAGUGGCGGCACCGCCCGAGCAGCUAUUUAUUCGCUUCAUAGCAUGGGAUAUUCUCCCAUCUAUCUUGUUGGGAGAACACCGUCAAAUCUGUCCAAACUCGCCUCCAGCUUUCCAGCCGAGUACAAUAUUCAGGUUGUUCAAGACAUAAAAUCAGUUCAAGCUGCCCCUAAAGUGGCAAUUAGCACUAUCCCGGGUGAUCAGGAACUCGAAAAUCCAUUGCCAGAAUUGAUUACCCAGAUUAUGGAGAAAGGCCAAGAUAGCUCUAGAGAGUGCAUUUUACUAGAUAUGGCAUAUAAGCCAGAUGUGACCACUAUGGCGCGGCUAGCAUCACCAGCUGGUUGGAAAAUUAUUAAGGGACUCGAAGUCCUGGUUGCCCAGGGGAUCUAUCAAUUUGAACAUUGGACUGGAUUGAUGCCUAUUUAUGAGGAUGCACGGGCCGCCGUUAUGAACAUUUAA